GACGGAGCGCCAUCGUGUGAACCAGAUUUUCACUCUUGAUUUAAAAUGAAAGUUGUGGACGAUCAGGUUGUUGAGGAAGAAGCAAGUUUUCAAGAUGAUGAGGAAUCCUUCUUUCAGGACAUCGACCUCCUACAGAAGCACGGGAUUAACAUGGCAGACAUCAAAAAGCUGAAAUCAGUAGGUAUUUGCACCGUGAAGGGGAUCCAGAUGACUACACGCAAAGCUCUGUGCAACAUCAAGGGCUUGUCAGAGGCAAAAGUGGAAAAAAUCAAGGAAGCUGCGGGGAAAAUGCUGAAUGUUGGUUUCCAGACGGCCUUUGAGUACAGCGCCAAGAGAAAGCAGGUGUUCCACAUCACGACUGGGAGCCAGGAGUUUGA